AUGGCACGGAGGUUGUCAUCAAUCUGUUCGUUCGCGCUCUUGCGAUUGUGGAUUUUGGCUACGUUGACGGGGUUCUCGACGAAGAAUGUGUUGCCGCAUGUCUUUAUUCAGGUCCACAAGAAUCAGCGAUUCCCAAGGCACUUGGUCCAGAGGCAUGCCUCUGCUCCAGGGCCACCUUCUCCCGAUGCCAUCACCGGUUUGCUUGGCAGCAUGGUUACCCAGAAAGAUGGACAAAUGAGGGAGCAGCUUGCCAAAGCGGUGUCGGCGGUCUUGAAGGCGCACCCCAAAACCACAACGCCUGAGGCCCAGAAGCAGGUCGCGGAGGCGGAGGCCCGGAAGCAGGUCGCGGAGGCGGAGGCCCAGAAGCAGGUCGCGGAGGCCCAGAGGCAGAAAAAGAUGGUGGAAAACGAGCGUGAUAUCGCGGAAGACAACCUCUUGGCAGUCAAGGGCGAGCUCACUGCAAGGCACAUGCUGGAGCGAUUCGCAGCCAAGGUUAGGGGAGAGGAGAACCGUUCCGCAGAUGAGCCAACCACAGCUACGUUGAGAACUUUGCAACAGUACCGGAUCAGCAAAACAGCUCAAACGAUGCAGUCCAUAGUCGCCAACUGUUUCAAAAUCGAUGCUUCUCGUAGCAGCUCGAUGCUUGUGGAUUUGUACAGGGCGCUGUCAAUGCAUCGUGGACGGGGCCGGGCAUCAUGCUCAGCUCAAAAUUGA